AUGGAAACUUUUGAAUACGAUGGUUCUUCUUCGAGCUCUUCAUCUUCUUCGUCUCAAUCCGAGACUACCAAACAAUUACUCACAUCAUCAUCAACAAGCCGCUCGAAAAGAAAGUCAGGGAGGAAGAAGUUUAAAGAAACGAGACACCCAGUCUACAAAGGUGUCCGGUUGAGAAACGGGUCCAAAUGGGUAUGUGAAAUUCGCGAGCCUAAUAAGAAAUCAAGAAUCUGGUUGGGAACAUUUCCAACUCCGGAAAUGGCGGCUAGGGCUUAUGAUGCAGCUGCCUUAGCCUUGCAUGGUGAUGACUCACCACUUAACUUUACUGACUCGGCCCGUCUAAUUAGACGGGCCAAGUCAUGUUCUCCUAAUGAUAUCCAAGAAGCCGCCCUUGAGGCAGCUCUUGCAUUUGGGACAAAUAAUUAUGUUGACGCUAACGCGUCAUCUUCUUCAGUGAUGGAAAGUGGUGACAAAAAUUUGGCAGUCGAUGUGGCGCAGACAUCAUUUGUGGACGAAGAGGUGUUGUUUAACACGCCGAGUUUUUAUAAUAGCAUGGCGGAGGGAUUGGUGAUUACACCUCCGGGUAUGAAAAAGGGGUUUGAUUGGAGUGAUGAUUGUGACUCUAAUAUGGAUUUGACUCUAUGGAGGUAUUAGAAGAACCGGGUUGACCCGAAUAGAAGAGAUAUGGUUGAGCUCAUUUGGGUUUAUGUUAUUAAAUAUUUGAGCAUAGUAGUGUAAGUCACUAAGUUCAAAUUUCGAAAUAAGCGGUUUAUUUAGCCGGAUAUAUAAUUACUGAAAACAUAUAUAAGACAUGAGUUGAGCCUCAGUUUG